AUGAGCCAACAUUUCUUCAGAUUUGGGGAUGGGAACUUCAGUUCUUCUUCCGCUCACUGUGGCACACUGGGUGGUGGGAGAAGUUUGUCUACCGUAAGCCAUUGGGAAGACAAUGGAGGAGAAGAAAGAUACGGUGGUUAUGGGUAUGGUUAUGGCAGCAGGAGUCUCUACAACCUUGGUGGGUUUAGGAAUGUUUCUACUGGUGGAGGCUACGGAGGAGAUGGAAUAGGAUAUGGGAGGUGCCUGGGAUUUGGUGGUAGGAGACAUCUUGAUAGGGGCUUUGGUAGAAGAGGAUAUUUUGUGGGAGCUUUUCAAGGUGGUGAAGCAGGGCUUGGUAGCCUGUGUGGAAGAAGUUCAGGCAGGGAGAUGCUUGGAGGAGGCCUUGGUAGAAAUGCCUUCGGUGAACAAGGGGCUGGACAGGGUUUUGGGCAGGCUGGUGUUAGCAGAGGCAUCGAGGAGGUCCGUGUCAAUACCACCCUGCUGAGGCCAAUACAAGUACAAGUUGACCCCGAGUUCCAGAGAGUGCGGUCAGAUGAGAAAGAGCAGAUUAAGGCUCUCAACAACAAAUUUGCAUCAUUCAUCGAUAAGGUUCAAUGUCUUGAGCGGCAGAACCAGGCUCUGAUGGCCAAAUGGGAACUUCUGCAGCAGCAAAGCACCCGACCGGAGGAGAGCAGAAACAUCGCCUCUUUCUUCCAAUCUUACCUCAGCAACCUGCAGAGGCAGCUAGAAACACUCCAGAACCAGAAGGAGCAGCUGGAUCCGGAAGCGUAUAAUAUGCUUCAGCUUGUUGAAGAUUAUAAAAAAAGAUUCGAGGAUGAGAUCAACAAGCACGCAUCUAAAGAAGAGGAGUUUGUGGAGCUUAAAAAGGAACUGGACAGUGCCUACAUGGGAAAAAUGGAGUUUGACAUUCGGGUGGAAAUACUGAGGCAGGAGCUUGAGUUCCUCAGAUGCUUACAUGAUGCUGAGCUGUCCCAGCUGCAAACAGUAGUUGGCAACACCAAUGUCAUGCUGUCCAUGGACAACCAUAGAGAGCUGGACAUGGAUGGCAUCAUUGAACAAGUCAGGCAGGAGUAUGAGACAAUUGCUCAGAGAAGCAAAGCUGAAGUAGAUGCCAUGUAUCAGGGCAGGUUCCAAGAGCUUGAGGAGGCAAAGGGGAGAGACUGCAAUGAACUGAGGUCCCACCAGCAAGAGAUUGAAGAGCUGAGUAUCAUGAUCCAGAGAAGGUGAUGCGGCCUUGAAAAUGUGAAGGAGCAGGUGUCCUCUCUGCAAACAUCAGUUUGUGAUACUGAGCAGCGUGGGGACUGUGCCCUCAAAGAUGCCCGGGAGAAGCACGUUGAGCUGCAGAAUGCCCUCCAGAAGGCCAAGGAUGAGCUGGCUUGCAUGCUGCGGGAUUACCAGGAGCUGCUGAAUGUCAAGCUGGCCCUGGAUAUCGAGAUUGCAACAUAUAAGACUCUACUGGAGGGUGAAGAGAGCAGGAUACGCCUUGGGAGCCCUGUGAGAGUGUUGGUCACCACCCCUUGCAACACCAUUUCUGGCUGUGAAGCCGACCUGGGAUGUGGAUCUGGUAGACAGUCCAGAAGACGCAAGUCCUUCUGUAGUGCUGGUAGAGCAUCCCUGCCUGAAGAUGCUGGUGCCUGCCACAGAGGAUUCACCUCCAGCAGCGUUGCCAGCUCUGUAGGCAGGCAGUAG